AUGAAUGCUUUAAGUGUAAAAACUAUUCUUCAUAAUCAUCAAUUUUGGCAAGAUGUAGAGAAAUUAGAAAUUAUUCUUGCAUCUGCUAAAAGAGCAAUUAAUGCAGUUGAAACAAAAUCAAGCAAUAUUGCAUUAUGUCAGCAUGUUAGAGUAUUUUUUAUUUUAAACUGGAUAAUUGAAAAAAAAGAACUAGAAGAUAAUAAUAAUGAAGAUGAAAAUAAAAAUAAAAAUAAAAAUAGUUUUGAUAUAAAUAAUGAAACAGAAGAAUCCAAUUUUGAUAAUUUGCUUAUAGCAGAAAUAAUAGAUUUAAAUUCUUAUAAUAUUAAUGAAAUUGAAAAUACUUUAUCUUUAAAUGAUAAUAUUAAACAAGAAUCAGAAUCUGAAAAAAAUUCAGAUAUUGAUUUUGAAUCAAUUUAUAAUAAAAAAUUUUAUUAA